AUGUCAAAUCAAACUAAUCCAUAUGGACCGAAUCCAUCUGAUUUUUUGUCCAAUGUUGCUAAAUUCGAAGUUAUCGAAUCAACCUUAAGAGAAGGUGAACAAUUCGCCAACGCAUUCUUCUCGACUGAGAAAAAGAUAGAAAUAGCCAAAGCUCUCGAUGACUUUGGUGUUGACUACAUUGAGUUGACCUCUCCAGUCGCUUCUGAUCAAUCAAGAAGAGACUGUGAGGCUAUUUGCAAAUUAGGCUUAAAGGCUAAGAUAUUAACUCAUAUAAGGUGUCACAUGGACGAUGCAAGAGUUGCUGUAGAGACCGGUGUUGAUGGAGUUGAUGUUGUGAUUGGAACCUCCCAAUUUUUGAGGCAAUAUUCCCAUGGUAAAGACAUGAACUAUAUUGCUCAAUCUGCCAUCGAGGUGAUCGAAUUCGUCAAAUCAAAGGGUAUUGAAAUAAGAUUUUCAUCAGAGGAUUCAUUCAGAUCUGAUAUCGUAGAUUUAUUAAACAUUUACAGAACCGUUGAUAAGAUCGGAGUGAAUAGAGUUGGUAUUGCUGAUACUGUCGGAUGCGCAAACCCAAGGCAAGUGUAUGAGUUAGUCAAGACAUUGAAGUCUGUGGUAUCUUGUGAUAUAGAGUGUCACUUCCACAACGACACUGGUUGUGCUAUAGCAAAUGCUUAUACUGCUUUAGAGGCUGGAGCCAAGUUGAUAGAUGUUUCCGUUUUAGGUAUCGGUGAAAGAAAUGGCAUUACUCCAUUAGGUGCUUUAAUGGCGAGAAUGAUCACUGCCGAUAGAGACUACGUCUUGUCUAAAUACAAAUUGCAUAAAUUAAGAGAUUUGGAAAACUUGGUUGCUGAUGCUGUUCAAGUUAACAUUCCAUUCAACAACCCAAUCACCGGAUUCUGUGCUUUCACUCACAAGGCCGGUAUUCACGCCAAGGCAAUAUUGGCUAACCCUUCGACAUAUGAAAUUUUAAACCCUUCUGACUUCGGUUUAACUAGGUAUAUUCAUUUUGCCAAUAGAUUGACUGGAUGGAAUGCUAUUAAAUCAAGAGUUGAUCAAUUGAAUUUGAACUUGAAUGACGAUCAAUGUAAGGAGGUUACUGCAAAAAUCAAGUUGUUGGGUGAUGUUAGACAAUUGACCAUCGACGACGUGGAUUCCAUAAUCAAAGAUUUUCACGCCGAUUUAUCCACCCCAGCUGUCGGACCAGCUGCCGAGGAAGAUAAUGUUGAACAACUUCCAAAGAAACAAAGAUUAGAUUAG